AUGCAGAAAGCUCAGAAAGAUCCACAGGACGUAGGGGUCUUGUUCAUCGACGGCUUCCCCGUCGUUGCUGCCAACCAAUCAUAUGUUGCACAUGGUUUUCCACUAGCGGUGAUGGAGAUGUUCCACGAGGCUACCGGGCUUCAGCUGAAGAUCAAAGAAGAGAUCACACCUAUGACGGUGCCCGAGCAGAAGCACUACAAAUCGCAGAACCUGAUCCUUCAGACCAUGGCAAGCUUGAUGAUUAGCAUCCUCAGCAACUUCGCUUUCUGCUUUGUGCCGAUUGCUGUGCUCGGCUUCGUACUCAUGGAGAAGACGAAGGACAUCAAACACCAGCUCAUGAUCUCGGGUUGUUCUGCCCGCGCCUACUGGGUCUCCAUGCUGAUCUGGGACUGCGCCUUCACCGUGUUCCCGAUCUUGGCCCUGUAUGGCUUCCUGUGGUUUUACGGCUUCCAAGCCUUCAUCUACUACUGGGAGACCUCCUUGGCUCUCCUUCUUUUCUUCACUCCGGCAGCAGUUGGACUGGCUUACGUCGUGUCGCAUAUGACAUCUUCGCAAGCACUGGCGAAUGUUGGCCUUGCACUGUGCAACGGUGUCAUGGUGGUUUUCUUGGUGAUGACCUUCCUUUUCUUUGACAUCUUCACCAAGGCUGUACCCAUCGAAAGGGCUUUCAGCGCUGGCUCCGAUGGCGGUGGGGCAUCAAUGGGCGACUUUGCCAAAACGAUGAACGGUGACUGCACAGAUUUGAAAGAUGCGGACCUGAAGUUCUUUUGCAGACUGGUGCAAGCUUCCAACAUUGGAAUUCCCAUUCUAAAGGGCGUGGGCUUUUUCUUGCCCGGCUUUCACCUUUUGGAUGGCCUGCUUCGCAUUACUGGACGCCAUGCAUUUGUGACAUUGGUUCUGCCUCAAUUCUUGGAACGGAUGGCCGAAACGACAUCAUGGCAGCUGAUGGAAAAUACGGCUGGAAGGCUGUUCAGUGGCUGUGGGGAGAAAUGGCGGCCAAGGGCAACAGACUCGGACUGUUUUGCCUACAAUGCUUGGAGGGGAUCCGCAAAGUGGAGUUCGACAGGCUGCACCUUGAAGCAGGCGGCGACAAUGCUUGACGAGUCGGUAGCACGCCAGCUUCUUCAGCCCAUUCUACAGAUCGUCGACGGCAUCAAGCAGGGGUUGCCACCGGAAACAGCCGAGCAGAUUGACGCCAUGGUGCAGAUGUAUACCGCGCACCCGGCCGACAUGGCGAUGGUCUUCGGGGGCCAAAGACUGAUAUCGCUCUUGCCCCCCGAGGAGCAAGAUCCAUGGAGGAAUGCUCUGCAAUGCGCCAUCAAAGACGGAGCACCCAUUGGGGCAGUCGGGCCUCUUCUGGCAACUCACGCUGAAAUGCUGGGAGACAGGCUGCGGACGGCGCUGAAGGCAGUGGCCAGAUCCCCCGCGCUGACUCAGAAUGGGGACAAGUUUCUUCCGCCUCUGAAUGGGUGGGGCAAGUGCACCAUCGGCCCUUCAAUCGGCCCCGUAAGCAUCGCCGAGUUGAUUCCGCAGGCGAAGAACGUCGGAAUAACGUUACCACAGAUGUCCUUGGGACCACUGGAGGUGAAGGUGCCCUGUGAUCUGGGAAUUGGAGGUGAAGUCGGACCCCUGAUUGAGAUGAUGGUUACCCUGCCAACUAUGAAUGACACCAUGAUCCGACUGGCGGCACUGUGCGUCGUCCUGCCAUUGCUUGCGAUCGUGCUGGAGGAUGAUUUAUCGCAGAGCCCUCGCAUCGCCCGGAAGUUCACCAUCAGCAAGCCCGUCCCACCUGAAAUGCUCACUCUGGAGGACCAGGAUGUUCGAGCAGAAAAGGACAGGGUGGCGACGGUAGAUCCCCGCAAGCAGGUCAUGUACGUCAACGGCCUGCGCAAAGCUUACGGUUCGUUGCUGAGCUCGAAGGUCACUCAUGCCGUGCGUGGCGUCACUUGGGCCGCAGACCAGGGAAUGGUGUUCGGUUUGCUGGGUGUCAACGGUGCCGGGAAGACGACAUCGUUCAAGCUGAUGUCAGGAAUCCUGACCCCGUCAGCUGGAGAGGUGCGUGUGCUGGGUAUUGACAUGGUUGAGGAGACGAGCCGGGCACGGCGAUUGAUCGGAUACUGCCCGCAGUUCGAUGCCCUUAUACAUGUCAUGACCGUCGAGUCGCAUUUGUACCUGUAUGGCCGCAUGAAAGGCCUCGCAGGCAAAGACUUAAGAAGUGCCGUAGACGAGAAAGUGGAGGAGAUGCAGCUGUCCCAGUACCGCUUCCGUCGAGCCGGGACGCUGUCGGGUGGUAACAAGAGGAAGUUGUCUGUAGCAAUGGCGCUCAUCGGCGAGCCUCCGGUGAUAUUUCUCGACGAGCCAAGCACAGGCAUGGAUCCAUUUGCGCGACGCUUUAUGUGGUCUGUCAUACAGGACAUGGCAGAGAAGCGAAAGCAAUCGGUCGUGGUGCUCACCACACAUUCCAUGGAGGAAGCCGAGGCAUUGUGCAGCAGCAUCGCCAUCCAGGUUGAUGGACAAUUCCGAUGUCUCGGCUCCGCGCAGCACUUGAAGUCCAGGUACGGGUCAGGCUAUGAGGUCAGCGUGAAGUUCAGUGCUGUUCCGCGUGAGGCGCUCACACAGUUGGCUGCCAAGUUUCUUCCCGCAGGACGGCAACUGGAUCGAAGUGGUUAUUCGAUGAUCUCGCGAUCGCAGGCCAUGGAGUCCCUGCCUCUGGAGCUUCGCAACGCUGCAGCCCGGCCAUCGGGUCCGCUGCCCGCCAACGUGGAGGAGGUGGCGGCUGAAGUCGUGGCAGAGUGGCAGGUGAUGCAAAAUCGCUUGGAGCAGUUCAAAGGCUUCUUCUCUGCCCCUACGCCUGAGGGCUUGGGAGAGCUUCAACUGGGCGAGGUGAUGGUCCUCGAGUUCCACGGCAGCUCGCUGCGCCUACGCCUGCCAGCUGCCGGUGAAGAGCAGCUUCCCAAGCUUUUCGCGGCGCUCUCCCAGGCCAAGCCGCAGUUUGGUUUGAGCGACUUCGCAGUCUGUCAGUCCACUCUGGAGCAGGUCUUCAACAGUUUCGCGGCCGAGCAAGAGCAGGAGAAGAAGAAGGACUGA